AUGGAUUCAAAACAAGCCAUCACGGAUUCGCUUCCAAUUCCAAAUCAGAACGCGUGGAUCAGGCUCCUCAAGAUAUUUCCCUCUAAAUCGGGCAAGAAUCACUACGAACUCAUCACAUUCCAUUUUCAUGACCACCCGCCUUACAAGGCCAUAUCCUAUGCGUGGGGCGACCCUGAGUCUAGUCGAUAUGUAUCCAUCGUACAGGGUCGACGUCAGGGGUGGUUGAAGGUGCCAGUCAAUCUUCAUGCUGCCUUAGAGACCUUGAGAGAUAAGACAGAGGAUGUCUUGGUCUGGGCGGAUUCCGUGUGCAUCAACCAGCAGGACAACGGCGAGAAAAACCAGCAAUUGCCUAGGAUACCUGCAAUCUAUGGCAACGCAGAUCAGGUAGUCGUCUGGCUAGGAGUAGAGAUGGAUGACUCCAAGCGGGCUCAAGAGCUCUUGCUCAAGGCCGAAGAGACUCCACUCGAUUCAUCACCUCACAGCAUAGACUAA